UUCUAAUUUUGCUAAUAAAAUAUUAUAACAGUAUAUUUGCAAAUAUUUUGUGAUGAUCUCGUUGUAGGCGUAAUUUUCUCAAUAAUUUACGCUUCCAAGUGACCCAACAGUUUACCAGAGUUCGGGCCAGCCCAGUUGAAGUCUUAAGGGGCAAUGGAAUAAAUUGGGCCGGGCACAAUCUUUCUAUGUGCCGUCAAAGAGAACCUACGUAAAGCUUUUCCCCACAUAAUUUGACCCGACCCGUAAAAAAAUCCAACUGCGGGAUCUGUCGAUAGGUAGUAUCGGCCAGCUGAACAGUUCGCAGUAAUAGUUGCCGCUGAAUUCGCCACCGUCGUCGAUGGCCGAGGAAGAGAUUAGGGCAGAAUUAGAGGCACUCGAGGCGGUGUACGGCGGCGAUUGCCUGGUCAUCGAAGCUUACCCUCCCCAUAUCCAUGUCCACCUUAAGCCGCGCACGGCCGAGGUCUCCUCUCAACAGGCUGAGACUGUUUUCCAGCCUGAAAUUCACAAGAAUGAAGCCUCUGAUUUUGUGUUAUUGAGAUUUGUCGAAGCAACUAUCGGAAUGCGAGCUGGUCCUCAGUACCCUGAAGAGCCACCAGAGAUUGGUGUUAUUGAUUCCAAGGGUCUUGAUGAGCAGAGGCAGAAACAUCUUCUAGCUAACAUUCGUGCGGAAGCUUUAGAACUAGCUUCUUGCUUGAUGCUCGUGGCACUUUGUGAGGGAGCAGUGGAGAGGCUCUCUAGUAUGAAUCACCCUGAUGGGGACUGUCCAUUAUGUUUGCAUCCAUUACUAGAUGAUGAAGAUGCUGAUGGCAGCUCAUUACCCUUCAUGAAUGAUUGCAUCAUCAGAUGGUGGAAAUGGUCCCAGGUCCGAACUGAUCAAGAGAUUAAGAGUUCAUCAUCUUCAAGUUCUUCUAGGAUAAUGCAUCAACAGCCAGGCACACACAAAACAGUGGAGGAGAAUAAGGCAAAGUGCCCUGUCUGUCGUAAAGUGUUUCUUGCCAAGGAUAUUGAACACGUGAUUGACUUGGUUGGGACUGGUGACCAUUUGGAUUCCAGUGGGACUGAGAUCGACAAAGACAUUCUUCAUUCUGAUUCUGAGAAAUUAAGAAGACAAAAAUUUGAGGCAGUACUUAGACUCCAGCAAGAAAACCAUGGCUUGAUUGAGCCCAAAAAGAACGAGGUCUUAUUGCCAGGUGUGUUUCUUCCACAGCCAGUUGCCACACCCCCUACAGAAUCUGACACUGUAUCCAGUGAGCCACGGAAAAAUGGCCCAACAGCCAAAACGGAUGCCAAUCCAGGAAGUUCCUUCAACAGGCCCGGCCCAAGGAGACACAGCAAUUAUUCUAAUACCAGGAAGCACAGACCCCAAAAUUCUGGUAAGCAGGCAAGGAAUUGGACAAGUAAAGAGGAUGCUACUAGAACUUGAUUCUAUGACUUCCACCCCAAGAGCUAAGUCGUUUGUGUGAAAAAUUUAUUGAGGUGAACGCGUAUAAAUUAGAAAAGAUUUAUUUUACAUGUGGUAUGGUUCUUGUGUAUAUUUCAUCGUGGCUGGUAGUUAGUGUUGGAUUUUUGACCAUUUUCUCUCUCAAAAGAAGUUGCGCGAUUUUCAAUCAUUCUUUCAUGCCCUUGAGCCCCCCUCUCUCGUAAUUCUAUGUUCUUAUCUUUUGAAAAACAAAAUGCAAAUCAUAAAUAUGAGUGAACAAGUGAAAGUGAUAAUUAUUUUUUAAUUUUUUUUUGUAGUUACAUAAUUGUUGAUUUGAGAUGAUACAAUGUUGCAAAGUCGGC